UUCACAAACCCAAAGAUUUAUAAAGAUUGUUUACAUAUUUGCGGAUUCAUAUCAAUGCAAUUCUUAAGUGGUGCAACUGCUAGAUAUGAAUUACAGUCUUCACUUAACGUCCAGUGUCCACAUACCCGAUAAUAAUGAUAAUAAGGCUGUGCCAGCAUAGUUUUCAUAUUUAUGACUUGCUUAUCUUCAGUGGUGCUUUAACACUGUUGGUUUACCUUUUGCUGCCUACACGCUUUGCCACUCACUAUGAUUAUAUCAAUAAGGAUCACAUGGAGGCAUCGCUGGUGCCCGGAACUGUUAAGUAUAGUAACGUGACUGAUCAACAGGAGCACGAAAUCGAUUGCGAUUAUGCGGAGGUGAUAGACAGCAGCCGAUAUAUUUAUGAUGUGUACCAUCGCGAGACGAUACAUCAUGCUGAGCAAAUACUGUCGGGUGGUGAGUUCCUGCCGGAAUGCCGUCAUCGCUAUAGCACUGCCAUUAUAGUGCCAUAUCGAGAUCGCCAGGACCAGCUAGCAGCAUUCCUUAACUACAUUCACAAUUAUUUACGACAUCAGUUGAUUCAUUAUCGAAUUUUUGUAGUAGAGCAAAGCGAUCAUAAACCUUUCAAUCGCGCCAUGCUCUUCAACAUUGGCGCAAAGGUGGCAGUAAGCUAUGGUUAUCCGUGCUUAAUAUUGCAUGAUGUCGACUUAAUGCCUCUUAACUCAGGGCAAAUUUAUGCCUGCUCUGCUUCGCCGCGCCAUAUGAGCUCGGCUUUAGAUUGGUGGCGCUUUCAUUUACCUUACCGCACACUCUUUGGAGGUGUGAUAGCCAUCACCAGCCUGCAGUUCCAGGAGAUUAAUGGCAUGUCCAAUUUGUAUUAUGGCUGGGGUGGCGAAGAUGAUGACUUGUUCGAACGUCUUGAUGUAAGUGGCAUACAUAUUUGUCGCUUCGAUCCGGCUUACAGUGAGUAUACAAUGCUCAAGCACAAACAAGAGACUCCAAACAAAAAUCGCUUGGCUCUGCUGAGAGCUGCUUCCGUGCGCAUGAACAUCGAUGGACUCAACACGCUACGCUACAAGGAAGUUGAGCGUAGAAUGCACAGUCUGUUUACUCAUAUACUAGUGGAGACCUAAGAGAGCACAAUUGCUCAAUUGUUAUGUAGCUUUUAGUGCUUGAUAGUCUAGAUAUAAUCUCAGAGUCUGCACAAAUUUUAUGAAUAUAUUAACAUAUAUAUAAGAUAUAGAUGCAAUUGUAAUCUGUAAGUAAUACAGAUAUUGUUUAAGAGCUAAAGUACACGCAAGCCU